AUGAUUUGGUACGCCCCCGCCGUCUGUUGCCAGCCUGUUUGCUUGGCCGAAUGCAAGUGAGUUGUGCUGUAGUGCAGAGCGUCGCGGGUUCGCUCCCCGUAGACAGCCAGUGAAGUUAAAUUGAGCAUAUAACCUAUUAUUGAUGAGGAUAAUAGCGAUCUGAGGCUUUUGCCCUGCAGCGUUCUGCUUGUAUUGUGAUUUUUUAUGUUUAGAAAUAAAUUUUGAAAAAUAGGCGAAACAAAGUUGCAUCCUGAAUCGCUCCUACAAAAAUCAACCUUCGUCCGAUUUUUCACUUUUUUAAAAAUUUUUUCAUUCCAUUUUGAAAAAUUUCAAUAUAUUAAAAACUUUGAAAAAAACUUAUAGUCUGUUCAAAAAUUCCUUUGCAGGGUUAUCCAAAAAAAUAUCAAAGCGAUUUUUUUGUUUUCGGCAUAGUUAUUUGGUCUCUACGCAUCGAGAUCUUUAUACUUUAUACUUCUUCAUCAGUCCAAUAUUGAAUCUCGAAAGAACUAAGAUUACACACUUGUGACCGCGGUACCGCAAAAAUUCUAUAUGCAAAAUUUUUUUUUAAAAACAAACGAAAGAACAUUUUUGGUGUCGCUGUGCAUGGUCGCUCCAACGUAAUUUCUAGAGAACUCUUAAGAGAAUAACCAACUCUCAAAUGACUGCUAGGGAGCCGCUAAGCAGUGUAGAUUUACGAAAAACUUGUUCAAAUUUGGAAAUUUUCGAAUUUCAAUUUUCAGUUUUUUUAUAUCUAAGAUUUUCAUGAACUUUAAAUUCCAUUUGAUGAAAGAACAUUUUUUUUUCUUCGAAAACUUGGUUGCUCCGAAUGCUCGUUAUGAAAAAUGCGUUUUGUAAAACGAAAAGUAAAGCCACCGGUAUUUGUACAGAUUGCCUCACGGUAAAUCGACCCCAGAUUUCUCAACGGGGCGCGCUUUCUUCCAUCCCAUUUUUUUCUUAUUUAUUUCUUCAUUGCAAAUAUGUUUCUGUUCUAGUUUUUUUCUACUCUUUCUAUUGUUAUUCAUUUUUCACGCUGUCGUAUCGUACUUUCAUAGAGCUAAUAUUCAAUUUUUUAGAUUUUCGAAUCAAAUUUUUCUCAAAAAAAUUUCGGAGUCAAGGUAUGACCUUUCGAAGCGCAGCCGCACACAAGAGAAUGCGCGCGCGGUGUGGUAUAGUCUAUUCAGAUUUUGAAUGUCAAGUGCAAUGACGUCAUUCAAAAACACUCUGUGGAUGGCUCGCUCUCUGAUUGGUUUAUCGCACCAUCAGGAGCGGAGCUUGAGCGACGACUUGAAAUUCAAAAUCUCAACAGACUAUAUUGUGAUCUGGCGACUGCCGAAGCAACGGCAGCGAGAAGCAGUGGCAUGGCGGCGGAUCGGUACUAGCGAGGUGGAUUUUUAAUGUGCCUUUACAAGACCUGGGAAAGCCUGUAUUUGCAAAGGAGGAAUAUACGUUUGUCCACUGGUGAAUCGAUAGGUAGAUACAAGUAGGUACCGGGUAGCGACUCAAGUCAAUCGGCGAAUGCUAAUCGGUGGUCAUUUGUAUGCGACCGGGUACUAUCUCACCUUUGUCAUGAGCUCGAAACUGAUGAAAACGAAACCGUUUGAAAAAAUUUGUAUGCUUAGAAUUCGAAUUUUGUAAUAAUUUCACUGAACGAAUUAAAGAUCCAAAAAUCUCAAAAAUUAAAUCUUAGCUCUAUGAAAGCACGAUACGACAAUGGGAAAAUGAAUAACAAUAUAUUGCAAACUUGCAUCCUCCAACCGUUAUAACUUUUCCGCCGUUAUAACUUUUUCAUCAGGGCACAAUUUAUCGCAUGCCAGUUUUUCCACCCUUUUCAAAACGCCGUGCAAUAGAAAGAGUAGAAAAAAAUAGAACAGAAACACAUUUGCAAUGAAGAAACGAAUAAGAAAAAAAAAUGGGAUGGAAGAAAGCGCGCCCCAUUGAGAAAUCUGGGGUCGAUUUACCGUGAGGCAAUCUGUACAAAUACCGGUGGCUGAAAAGUAAUACUAAAGAGUUAAUUUUUACAGAUGUCAGUAGAACAGUUCAUCAACGAUGAGCUGCUCUCGAUUGUGGGUAUCAGCGACCGAACAAUAUGCCAGUUUGUGCAUUCUAUGGCGAGAAGAAGUAAAAGCGCCGCAGAUCUAGUAGAAAAAUUACAAGAUGGAGCGUCCUUUGACAUAACUCCAGCAGUAAGAGCUUUCGCUUCUCAACUCAUGGACAGAAUGCCAAAAGCUGGUAAGUGAUUUUUUCUUGAUGUUGUCAACACAAUCUUUCAGCGCCCGUAUCACAGAGAAACAGAGGACCAUCGGCUGCAGAACAACGCGCUUUUGAAAUGAGUCGCCUAAACAACUCCAUGUCUCUUUUGGAUGACGACGCUUCGAAUGGAAAGCGUCGUAACGUUCGGAAGCGCAAGGAAAGCAGCAGUGACGACGAGGUGGAAAAAGAGUGAACGAAAUUCGUGUAGCCCCAAUCUUACAGACAGCGGCAACUCGUGCAACGACCUCGAAAGCGCAAAAUAAAAGAAGAGACGAGGAGUCAGAGGAUUCAGACAUCGAACAAAUUGAGGGUCGAUUGGACGAUGACAUCAGGUUGAUAAACCCAAAUUUGAGGUAAAAAGGGCUUUUUUCUCAGGGAAAGAGACGCAUUAGCAGCACGAAUCAGACAAAAAGACAAGGAUAAAACGCGGAAUGUCAUGGAGAAAAAACGCGACAAUAACAAGGUUCCAGAAAAAAGUUUUAAAAAAAUAGCAAACAAAAAAUCAGGACAAAGAGGAGAUGCCGAUAGAUAAGCUGCGUGAGGAGUCGCGAAGGCUUUACUUGGCGAAACGAAAAGCGGACAAGUUAGAAGAGCUCGAGGCGAUCGUCCACGACGACGAGACGCUUUUCGCGAAUGAAAAGUAACUGAAAAACCUUAAUCUUGUAAUUUUAUUUUUGAGGCUCACUAAGAAAGAACGAAAUGACAUGGAGUACAGGAGAAAGGUUCUCGAGUACGCCAAGAACCACGACAAAGCCGCCGAUGUGAUGAAGAUCAAGAGGUACGAGAUGUAGACAAGGCUUCUGAAAACGUUUUUUUGUAGAUAUCACUUGCCUGAUGCCACUUCAAGGGCCAUUCCUACAGAUUACGUCGAAGAACCUGACGAGUUCCGUGUAGGAGGUGAGCUUUGAUUCUAAACUGAAGGAAGAAUAGAAGUGAAUUAUCUUGAUUCAGUUGAAUAUUUCAAUGUGAGUUACGGAAAGGUUAGAAAACAUUGUGAGGCUCUUCUGAAAUCCCUGUCGAUGUGUUCAAAGGCGCAUAGACGGGCUUCAUAAAUAUCAUUAGACUAAAAGUCAAGUGUUAUUUUUGUUCUAGAAGGUUUUUACCUCUUCAAAUUGAACUCUUGCAAUCUUCAAGGCGAUGUGAGUUACGGAACUUUUUCAAACGAAUUAUUCAAAAAGCCUUGCAACUCAUUUUUUUAUGUUGAUUCUCAGGUGAUGGCGCUAAAUGGGAGCAGGAACAACUUCUGGCUAGUAUGGUUCAUUAUGGUGCUAAAGACGCGAAGCAGGUUUGAGCCGUGAAAUGUUCCAUUGUGGUUGGGUUUGAACUUCAGAACCAAGAAGAGUUUGAACUGUUGCUCGAUGAGAAGAUCGACUUCAUCCAGGCUCUUCAAAUGCCAGGAACAGAAGAAAAAGACGAAGUAAAUAGGAUCUUCUUUGAAUUAAUAAGUGAAGACUUGAAGAAAGUGACCGAGUCGGAGAAACGGAAAAUGUCCCUCGAGGAGACACGACGGUCUUUGCCGGUGUACGCCUUUCGCGAAGCCUUCAUCGAGGCUGUCAAAGAGCAUCAAGUUAGAAGUUGAGGCCUCGGAGUACCCAGCAAGCGAUUUAGGUACUUAUUAUCGAAGGCGAGACGGGAUCUGGUAAAACGACGCAGCUUCCGCAAUAUCUGUAUGAAGCGGUUCGUUUUGAAAAAAUCGAAUAACAUGAUUGAAAUCAAAGUGAUCAUAAUCUUGAGCUAUCCUGCUCUCAGAAACAAAGUAUUCUGAGAUAGCUAAAAGCCUUCUCUGGUCUUAUCUUCUGACGCUUCCUUUUUAUUGCAAGAAGUUUGAAGGGCUUCUGCGAAGGCGGCAAACGAAUCGGAUGCACGCAACCGCGACGAGUCGCCGCCAUGUCGGUCGCGAGUCGCGUCGCUGAAGAAGUUGGCUGCAAACUCGGCACUCAGGUUCGAGAACUUCAAAAAAGAAGAGGACCGAAGUGUAUAUCAUUGUGGAGAGGUUCAAUGAAACUCGACAUUUUGAGCCAAAAAUACAUUCACUAGUUUUAAAUGUAUCUUCUAGAGAGGGAAUUAUCAUUAGCAGUUCGUUUUCUAAUUUUUGUAAUGUUCACUUUUUUAAUCUUUGUAGAUGCGGAGAAAAAAUUUUUAAAAGGUUGAAACUUGAAAAAUUUGAUAAUGAAGGAAAUUCUCUCAUUAUCAACUUCAAAAAUUAUAGAAACGUUCUCAAAAAAAAUCUAAGAAAGUCUAGAUAAAAUUGUCUCCAACUACACAGAUUCUUAAGCUUCAACGAAGAGCUUUCAAACUUGGAAUAUUUUCCAUUCGUAGCUUCAGAUUCAUAAUAAAUUUAAUAAAACUUUCAAAGUUCCGACAAAAAAGACUCUCUUGGAAGCUGUUUUCGAUUUUUAUGAGGAAAACAAAAACCAAUCUCAGGGACGUUGCAGGUCGGCUACAGCAUCCGAUUCGAAGACUGCACUUCGGAAAAGACGAUGCUCAAGUACAUGACGGACGGAAUGUUGUUGCGAGAGUUUCUCAAUGAACCCGACUUGGCCAGCUACAGGUUGGUCGUUGAAUUAUUUUUGGAAAAUGAGCGGUUCAUAAAAUAUAAUAUUCCAGUGUCAUGAUGAUUGACGAGGCUCACGAACGUACUCUUCAUACAGAUAUUCUUUUCGGUCUUGUCAAGGAUAUUUCGAGGUUUAGAAAGGUAUUUCAAAUUUUGUUUUGAAUUCCGUCUGAGCUUCAGUAAUAACUUUGAUGGAAAAUAUAUUUGACUUGAACAUAAAAGAGCAUACAUUUUUCGAAGCUUCGAUAAGAAAAAGGAAGAUUUUCAAAUUUCGUAGCUCUGGUUCAAGCUUCAGGCUUUUUAGAACAAUUUCAAUGACCUUUUCGAGCUUUGUGAAAUGUCUUUCUUUUUUAUACAGAACGAUUUUCUUUCGAGUUCUAUGAGGGGUUUCUCAUAAUAUCUAGCAGUUCCUCUGACAUUCUGGUCUUUUUAUCAAGAAAAAUAUUUUGAUAGGUUGUAAAUAAUGAUAUGAGAAGUAACUGCAUGGAAAUAAAUAGAAACCCGAAUUCAGUAAAAUAUUUACGAAAAUAUCUUGUCUUAUGAAAUCAUUGGUCAAAAUCUACAAAGCUUGUAGUUUCUGGACUUUAACGAAUGCGUAGUAGAAAUUUCAUUGCAGGACCUGAAACUGUUGAUCUCAUCGGCGACGCUCGACGCGGAGAAGUUCUCUUCUUUCUUCGACGACGCACCCAUCUUCCGAAUUCCCGGCCGACGGUUCCCCGUCGACAUCUACUACACACAGGCUCCAGAAGCCGACUACCUCGACGCGGCCAUCGUCACCGUCAUGCAGAUCCAUCUGACCCAGCCACUGCCAGGAGACGUCCUCGUCUUCCUUUCUGGUGGGCCCAGAAGACGUCGCCGCGUCAUCGCUCUUUUCAGGCCAGGAAGAGAUCGAGUCCGUGCAGGAAGCGCUCAUCGAAAGGACCAAGGCCCUCGGAAGCAAGAUCAAAGAGCUCAUCGUUUUGCCGGUUUACGCCAACCUGCCUUCGGACAUGCAGGCGAAAAUCUUCGAGCCGACGCCGCCAAACGCCAGAAAGGUGGGUUGCUCUCCAGGCUGUUUGAAUUUUCACCCUUUGUUUUUGUUGGAAGAGGAGUUGAAAACAUACGUGGGUUAGAUCCAACCCGAUGGCGAACGAAUGACGGUACAUAUUCGAGUUUUUCGCGCACGAAAUUCUGUGCUGGAAUCCAUUUUUGAAAAUCUCCUUUAGGUGGUUUCUGGCGACAAACAUCGCAGAAACAUCGGUGACGAUUGAUGGAAUUUCGUAUGUCAUCGACCCCGGAUUUUCUAAACAAAACUCUUUUGACGCGAGGAGCGGUGUUGAACAUUUGCACGUCGUCACAAUCUCCAAGGUUUCGCCUCAUUUGAAAUUGUUAGCAUAACGCCAGAAAACGUUAAAAAAGUUGUUAAUAAAAAAAAGAUUUUGACUUCUUGAAAAUAGAUUAUUAUUAUAUGAGACAGAGACGUAUCAGAGUUGAUAAUAGACGGAAGGCGACCACCGGAGGCUGGGCAAAACCAAAGCUCUUCAUAAAAACUCGAAAAGAGAUAAUCUAUAAAAGCCCUUAUCGAGCUAAAAUGAGCAACAUUUUGAGGAGGUCAUAGGGUAUCGCUCUCGUUUAGACUAGAAACGCAGGAAAUAGAGGCCAAUGAGAAGGAAACAGGCUUAAUGUCUGAAAAAAAAACUCAAGGUCGAGUUGUAACUUUGAAUGGGAGUUUGAAGGCAGCUGCCAACCAACGAGCUGGACGAGCUGGACGGACGGGACCCGGCAAAUGUUUCCGGCUCUACACGGCGUGGGCCUACAAGCACGAACUAGAAGAGCAGCCCAUUCCUGAGGUUUUUUUUAAUCUUUUUUUUGUUUGUUUUUUCGAGUAUUGAUAACUUCUUGCAUAUUAUUUUUUUUCAGAUUCAAAGAACCAACUUGGGAAACGUUGUGUUGAUGCUAAAAUCUUUGGGAAUCCACGAUUUGGUCCACUUCGAUUUUCUCGAUCCGCCGCCCCAGGUUACAAAUGAAAAAAAAAGACGCAUAGAGAUAGCUUUUUUCUGUAUUAUCAACUUUACUUGUUGAUUUUAACCCAAUUUAUUUGACUCCUGUCAUAUUAAAAACAACCUUUAGAGACCGAAAAAGGAAGAAAAAAUGGGGUUACUGUGAUUAAGUGCAUCAUUUGAUUCACUUUCUUUUCACAGGAGACGCUGGUCAUCGCGUUGGAGCAGCUUUACGCGCUGGGAGCUUUGAACCAUCGCGGCGAACUGACGAAACUCGGAAGGAGAAUGGCCGAGUUCCCGUGCGACCCUUGCAUGAGCAAAAUGAUCAUUGCCAGUGAAAAGUCGGGUGCAAAAAGUCCUCUCUUCAAUACAGUAACUCUCUUCAGAUACGAAUGUUCUGAAGAAAUCAUCUCGAUCUGCGCAAUGCUUUCCUGUAACGCCGCUGUCUUCUACAGGUCAAUCACAAUUCAUAUUUUUGUUUUUUUUCAUAAAUCGAAUCCUUUUGGACAAAAAUAUAAUUUCAGAUAAUGGUACCUGUAAUCGAUCUUUGUAUAGACUGAAAUUCAAGUGAUUUUUAUUAUUUUUCUUAAAAUACUCUUUUAAGUACAAAGAGGAAUAAAAAAAUGUUUAAUUUUUUUCAAGUCACUUUAUGAGGGAAGGUUUAUGUUAGUUUCGAGGAUUGAGAAACAAGACUAUUGUUCCAAGAAAUGCCAUCGAGAUCAGAGAAACAGUGAAGCUCAGUUCGAGAAUUCACAUUUUGAAAGUUAAAGAGGGUUUUUUUGGUUAGCUCCAGUUCAUAGUUGAGAAAAAAAUAAAUUUUUUUUUCUUCUUUUUUUUUGUUUUUUUAAGAGUUAUAUUCUGAAUCUACAAUGAAUAGGAGAAACUGUCGUUAUUUUCAGACCGAAAGCGAUGGUGAUCCACGCGGAUUCCGCCCGAAAAGGAUUUUGGAGUCCAGCCGGAGACCACAUAACUCUUCUCAACGUCUACAACAAGUGGAAGGAGACCAAUUUUUCGCAGCAAUGGUAAAGGUUCCAUUCAAAUUUUGAACUGACAAUUCUUCCAGGUGCAUGGAAAACUUCGUACAGCACAGAACCAUGAAACGAGCCAGAGACGUCCGAGAUCAACUCGAGGGGCUUUUGGAACGCGUCGAAAUCGAUUUGGUUAGAUUUUUUUUUUUCGGUAGCAUGGAAGAGGCUCAGGAGAUGAGAAAAGAAAUGAGGGAAAGCUAAGUAAAUUCUGAGAGGCGAGCCAGCGUUUGAGAAGGUAUCGUUGAAUUACUGCACGAGCCUAAAAAAAAAAGAAGUCUUGCGUCGAUUUUCAUUGACCUACAUUAGCUUGAAACUCUGCAACUUUUUAUCUGUACUCAAAAAAAGCUCUGGUGAAUCGUGCAAUCAACAAAAAAAGUUUUUUCGUUCUGCGGAAUUGUUUAGAGAAGAUUUUUGCAGAAGUCCUCCACGGAUACCAUCGCCAUUCGCAAGUGCAUCACCGCCGGCUAUUUUUUCAACGUUUCGAAGCUCGAUAACGCCGGUUUGUUUCUUAUGAUUCACGCAAGUUUUCUUAUGUAUAAAAAAUCGAUUCAGAAUAUACGUCCUAUUCAAAACGCGAGAAAUAUAUUUUUUUUUCUGUUGACGAGCAUAUUCAAAAACUCAGUUAUUCUCAAUAGCCUUGUGAUUUUCGUCAGAAAAAAAUAGAAAAAAAUAAAGAUUUUUUUCUGCUCUUUUUAUAGUUUUUGCUGUUUUGCUUACCAACAGUAAGUGUAGAAAAAGUUAAGUCUAAAUACUACACAAAAGUUCAAAAGAUUAAAGAUUUUCUUAUUCAAUUUUUUGGAGAUAUCUCUUUUUUUAGAGAUCUUUUUGUUUAGCAUUAAUUUGUUCUUAUCUCAGGUAAGGUUAUCUGAGAAAUUUCUCCUUUUAAGUAGGUUCGGCAAUUUUCUGUUCUUCGGCACACAAAGUUUUUAAUAGAUUAAAUGAAGGUCCUGCGCGUCUCAGUAUUAGAAAUUUCUUAUUUUUCCAAAACCGAACCCUUUAAAGUUUUUUUAGAAAGUUCUCUCAUUUCGACGCGUGAUGUAUUUUUUUCAACUUUGAAGCUUUUUGAAAACUUUAAAAAAAUUUUUAGUUAGUUCCUAGUCAAAAAAAUACGUAGACCAGUUUUCGGAAUGUUUUAGCAAGUAGUGAAAAGACCUCACCAUUGUGUGAGUAGAGAACGCCAUUUUCCGAGAUUUUUUUUCUAAGUGGAAAAGGACGCCGUUUUGGAAAUGUGAUGGAACUUUUCUGGGAUGUGUUUCAGAGAAAACCCAUCUCCGACUAGAAAAAAAUUUUUUUUGCGUUUUUCCUUUUUGCCGAGCUCAAAGCUUUUUUUUUCUUGGAGAAAAUAUCACAUCCCACAAAUGGAGAAACCACUUUCAUGAUUUUAGAACUUGCUAGAAUUAUGUCGUCGAAACACUUUUAAUUGUACUGAAUACAAACUUUCGGAACUUUUUUUUUCAGAACUGGCGCCUUUCAGUUGAAAUUGCCUUGGAAAAAGCUUUAUUGACGGAAAACUUGAAAUUCUUUCAACGAACAAAAAAUUUUAGACACUGAAAUCCUCAGGAUUUCCUCAAAAUUGUGAGAACCUUUUAGAACAGUCCAGUUUCAGUGCAAUAGUUUUACCUCAACCUCUGUUAUCAGUUCUUGCGAAUAAAAGCCAAUUGCAGGACACUACAAGACGGUGAAACACAAGCACACAGUUCAUCCGCAUCCCAACUCGUGUCUCUUCGAAGUUUUGCCCAAGUGCGUCGUCUACUACGAACUCGUUUUCACCAGCAAGGAAUUCAUGCGCGAGGUCGGUCCUUGCCUAUUAUUCCAACUGCAAGCCUCGACGUGACGUAUUUAAUUAUAUUUUUGAACCUUGUUUGGUUAGGCUCAAUUGCACUUUCCUUGAGAUAUCCACUUAAAAUCGUCUUACCGAGGAACACUUCAGUAAUAUGAUUCUGUUUGAGAUAUUCUCUUGAUGACUAGACUAUUUUUUUUUUCUAAGGAUGGGGGUCCGUCCUUUUUUUUCUGUUUCCGUCCAAUUAGUCUCGAAAACAGAAAAAUGAAGCGUUAAUCCCAUAUAGAAAGCUGAUUGGCUUCUUUUUGUAUUCAAUUCGUUAGGCAUAGAAAAACUCUCUUGCUGAAAAGCUGUAUAAUUUGAGUUCAGAUGUCGGAAAUUGAGACGACUUGGCUGGUAGAGGUGGCUCCUCACUACUACAAGGGUCGGGAGCUAGAGGACUCCAACCGAAAAAUGCCCAAGCAGCGGGGAAAGUCCGCCAAGGAGCUCGAGCGAUAA